GAAAACAGGUCAGAAGUAUAGCAAGUGAGAAACAUAAUGUAUGGCAGUAAGAGAUUAAGCCGAACAAACUGAGGAAUUAGUUCUCUGUGGCUGCCAGGCAGCGGUGUAAACUAUACGUAAGGAUGUGUUCAGCAUUUGGAUCUUGAAACAAAUUACGUUAAUAAGUGUUUACACGUUUUAAGUCUGGCGGGUUCUAUUUUUAAUUUUAAAGGAAUGUAUUACCUGCUGUACUUUUAAAACCGGCCGCAUUAAAGUAGACACGUGCUUGGUCAUAUAUAGCAGAUCGGGUAUGUACCUCGUCUUAUAAAAAGCAAAGGGCAGCCAUAAAGCAUACAGUUUACAUCAGUUUACACCUAACCAGCAUUCAGUAUACGGAUUGUUGUUUAUUUGUUGGGAUCAUUGGAUUUUGUGCUUGUAUACCAGCAAAGAAGAUAACAGAAUGUCGGAUGUUGAUUUAGCAGCAGAAUGCUUAGUUUCCAUUUCUAACCGAGCAGCUAUGCACAAUUGUCCAGACUUGAUUAUGUCUGAAGAUGCAGUCUCAAAAGAUACCCAAGAAAAUGGAACUUUACUCAUGGUCGCAAUGAUUUUGCUGGACUUGAAUAAAUGUAAGCCGCUUUCACAUAUCUGCAACAUUACUACCAGUCCUAACAGUACAGCUGUCAGUUGCUCAAGUGAUAACGAGGUAGGAGAAAGCGACACCAGCAGCGAAACCGAUCUUAAGGACACUACCCGUGAUGAUAAGUACGACUAUGGAAGUAAAGAGAAAUCGAUAAAUUUAAGAAUCAGCAGCGGCAGCCGAGGGAAAAUGAAACUGACUUGUGAAAAGAGACACCUCUGCCCAUACUCUGGCUGUGGGAAAGUGUAUGGGAAAUCGUCUCACUUGAAGGCUCAUUUCAGAGUGCACACUGGUGAAAGACCCUUUCCAUGCACAUGGCCCAAUUGCUCCAAAAAGUUCUCCCGCUCAGAUGAACUGACCCGACACUACCGGACCCAUACUGGGGAAAAACGGUUCAGCUGCCCGCUUUGUGAGAAGUGUUUCAUGAGGAGCGAUCACUUAACUAAACACGCCCGGCGCCACUCAGACUUUAACCCCAGCAUGAUUAAAAAUGCUGGCUGGAGGGCACGCUCUUCUGCCUCAUUGUCUUCAGAACCUGGAGUCUUUUACCAGGCAUCAAAAAAACACUGAUUGUGAUCUCCACAGAAAAAAAGUGCCCGGUAAACUCACCUCUAAUAUUGUGUAGGGGAAGUUUUUCAACUUAAAAAUGUCCAAUUGUAGUAUACAGUUUCACUGCUGUGUUUACCUUUAACAUCGCGAUUGAAGAAAUAACCAGGUGAUCCUGAUGUGACUGAAACCCUAGCUGUGUCAGUUCUGAGCAAGAACUUUUUUGUUUUCUUUGUUAUCCUUUAGAACAGCUUGUUAAGAGCAGAAUGUUAUAUUUCAAGGCCUAAUCUGGUAGUGAUAUGUUACAGAGGUUUUUGCCAUGGAUAUACCAGUAGGUCUUCUUUUUGUGUUUUGUCAACAGGUUGUUGAGAUUCCAGGGGAAUUGCAAGUUUUUCAAACUUUUACUAUGGACUUCCCAGUCAAGGCAUUGACAAUUUUGAGAAGAUGCAUCUGCCUUCAUUCAUCAAUUCACAUAACAAUGGUCACUUUAGUUGUGAAUCAGUACAGGCAGGCCUCGCACUUACGACACAAUUGGUUCCUGAAAGUCGCGUUGUAAGUCGAAGCGUCGUAAAUCGAAGCACAUUUUCC